AUGAGUACCAAUGGAAAUGAAGGGGAAGCUUUAGGUCCAGACCCCAGUAAUGUCGGACCUGCUAUUCCAGUUAGAGUGCGAGGCAUGAAGCUCUUUUUCCAGCAGUUUAAAGCCCUCAUGAUUAAGAACGCGCUGCUAGCGUGGCGCAAUCGAACCGCAACGUUCUUGCAGCUCUGCUCGUCCUUCUUCUUCAUCCUCCUGAUCUUCCUAGUGGACGUUUCCGUGAAAGCCGCGUUGACAAACUACACGGAGUUUCGCGACACGCCGAAUCCGAAGGUCGUGGAGGUCCAGCCAAUCAUGGCCUGCGAAAACGCGUUUAACAUUCUCAAGCCGUGCUACGACUUCUUGUGGAGCGGGAACAACAGCAAGAUCAUCACGUCUCUCGUUCAGAACAUCUCCGCGAACAAUCCCGGCCGUCCGAUCAAUUCAUCCAGGAUCAUCGGAUUCGCGAAUCCGAGCGACGUGGACGACUGGCUGCUGGCCCAUCCGAUGCGGACUGCUGGCGCGCUGCACUUCGCGUUCACGGAGAAGGGCGACCUUGGGUUUGCCGUGCAGACCAACUCGACGUCGAAAGUGCGGCGAGGGACGUUUGAGAACCCCACGUUCGACCACCAGGUGCCGCUGCAGGCCGCCGCGGAGAGGGAGAUCGCCAGAUACAUCGCUCAAGACUGGACGAUAGGGUGGCAGCCGAGCUACUCGGAGUUCGCGCAUCCGCCAUACCAGUCGCUCUCAGCCAUCCCACUGGCGGGCCCCACGUUCCUCUUCGCAGCAGCCAUGUUCAACUUCGUCACGCAGGCCGCCAACCUCGUCAUAGAGCGCGAGUUAAAGCUCCGACAAGCCAUGGCUACCAUGGGCCUAAUGGACUCCGUCUUCUGGAGCACCUGGCUGGUCUGGGAGCUGAUAGUGGCACUCGUGACCUGCAUUCUGCUCAUCUGCUUCGGCAUGAUGUUCCAGCUCGCGUUUUUCCUGAAGAACAGCUUCGUCGUGCUGUUCCUCGUCUUUUUCCUCUUCUGGGUGGCGAUGACCGGGCUGGCGUUCCUCGUCUCGACGUUCAUGCGCAAAUCUGCCAACGCCAACACCAUCGGGUUCUUCAUCUUCCUCCUGGGCUUUGUGCUGCAGCUGAUGGUCAUGUUCGGAUUCCCCUACACCAACGACUUUUCUGGAUUCUGGCGGGUGAUUUUCAGCCUGUUUCCUCCGGACCUCCUCACACUCUCGCUCAAGUACCUGACUGAUGCUACGAAGCUGCCGCAGUCGCCGGGAGUGAGUCUGAGCGAGAUCAACAAGUGCACGCUCGGCAACGCAGGCUGCACCAACACUCUGGCGAGCAUCUACGUGUGGCUGAUCGGCGAUUUCUUUCUCUUCUUCAUCCUCGCCAUCUACUUUGAUAACGUGCUGCCAGACGCUAAUGGCAUCCGCAAGCCCAUCUUCUACUUCUUCUACCCCUCCUUCUGGACCGGCAAGGCGUCAUUCGCCAAGUACAACAACGGUGGCAGUGGCAAGGCCGACCCGGGGCUGGAGCGGGUGGGGGAGGAGGAUGAGGACGUGCGGGAGGAGGAGGAGCUGGUGAAGGGGCAGGCGGAGCGAGGCGAGGUGGAUGCUGACAUGGCGGUGUCUGUGCGGGGAUUGGUGAAGACCUUCCCGAAAAAGUGGAGGAUGAAGGGGCUCAAGUGCAAAGUGAUGCCUCCCUUCCAUGCCAUCAAGGGCACGUGGUUCAACGUGGAAAAGGACAAGCUCUUCUGCCUGCUGGGGCCCAACGGGGCGGGCAAGAGCACCACCAUCCACUGCCUCACCGGCAUCCUCCCCACCACCGCUGGCGACGGUCUGAUAUACGGGUACUCCAUCAGGGAUCCAGGCAGCAUGGCGGCCAUCCGAGCCAUCAUGGGCGUGUGUCCGCAGUUUGACAUCCUCUGGGACCGCCUCACCAGCCAGGAGCACCUCUACCUAUUCGCACGCAUCAAGGGCCUCCUGCCCUCCCAAAUCCCCAAGGAAUGCUCCAUGCUCCUGGAAGAAGUCAAGCUCACAAACGUCACUCGCAGCCGCACGAGCGGGUACAGCGGGGGCAUGAAACGCCGGCUUUCCGUCGCCAUUGCCCUCAUCGGCGACCCGAAGAUCGUCUUCCUCGACGAGCCGACCACCGGAAUGGACCCGGUGUCGCGCCGGCACGUGUGGGAUAUCAUCGAGCGGGCCAAGCGCGGGCGGGCGAUCGUGCUGACGACGCAUUCGAUGGAGGAGGCGGAUAUUCUCGGGGAUAGAAUCGCGAUCAUGGCUAAGGGACGGAUGCGGUGCAUCGGGACGUCGAUUCACCUCAAGAACCGGUUCGGGGCGGGGUUUGUGGUGACUGUGGGCGUGAGGCGGCCCGCGAGGGUGGUAAACAGUGCUGCUGGUGGUGGUGGUGAGAAUUCGGCGGCUGAGACGUCGAACGGGUCGUCGCCGCUGUCGUCCUCUGCUGUUUCACCUGACGGAACACCUGGGGACAACGUGGAGGCGGUGAAGGGGUUCUUUUACGACCGCCUGGGAGUGCAGGCGGUGGAGGAGUCGCAGGGGUACAUCACGUUCCUGGUGCCGCGCAGCAAGGAGACCAUGCUCACGACAUUUUUCCGCGAGUUGAAGCAGAAGAAGAGGGAACUCGGCGUCACAGAGACGCACCUAUCGCUGUCCACACUGGAGGAGGUGUUUCUCACCAUCGCCCGCAAGGCUGAGCUUGAGACGGCACAGGUGGAGGAGCGAUUUGAGGCCAUCACCCUUGUGGAUGGUCGCACCCUUCAGGUUCCGAUUGGUGCAGAGUGCGUGGCCAUCCCUCCGUCAGCCUCGGCCAAUGAGGAGGAUGCUGACGUGGACGCGGGGCAAUCACAGCCACUGAUGGUGGUGGAUAUUACAUGGCACCAGGACGAAGCUGGGUGUCUGCGCAUUGCCUCGUACUCCGAACCUAGACAGGCAGACUCGGGGGAGCUGAAUGUGACCAAGGGCUUUUGA